AUGAUGCUCGAUAAAUUCAAAAACAUCGUUAACCUUAACAACAGCGGGGGGGAAAAGGAUGAAGCGAAGAACGCGGAGGGGCACGAAAACCCAGAGGCGAGCGCGCCAGUACGGGGGGAUACCUCUCUAGAAGGAGCAGAGGAUAAAACCUUCUUCGAUGAAAUGCUAGGAGCGCCACAGUACACAUAUGAGCAGUUCCUCAAGGUGUUAAAAGCCCCCCAGGAGGAAAGAGGAGAUACGGAUGAUUUGAGAAAACAUUGGGGGUACCCCAGGAGGUGGAAAGUCAUUCUGUGGGAUCUGCAGAUCCAGAAUUAUAUGAACAGCGAUUUUAAUGCUUUUGUCGAUUUCGACUUUGGAGGGAACCGCGAGGAGUGUCGCAUACAGAGAGGCUCCAACAUGAAAAUCUACGCAAAGGGGAAGACGAAGAAUUGCCUGCGGACCCAUGUUGUCUCCAACGUUGCGGCGGAGCAAAAAAAAGACAUGAAUUUUAGGAGCGUCUUUGAGUAUAGAGGAUCGUAUCUAGACCUAGAAAAUGAAAAACUAAGAAUAAAGGUGUGGGAGUAUAAACAGCUCACAUUAAAUAAACUGGAAGGAAUAUACGAAGAGCCGCUUCUCUCAUUUGCAGUAGGACAAAUUUAUAACGAAACGACGUUAUACAAAUAUAUGAAGGAUACCCGAGUGAAGCGCUGCCGCCUCUUCUUCCAACUAUACUUCCAGGAGCUAUACGAUUUUGAGUUAUCAUUUCUGAAUUGGUCCUUUAGUGAUUUGCUUUCCUACACAUACGUACAAGCUAAGAGCUUAAAGUACGUAGAGGACGAUCCGGAUAAACUAGGGAGACGAUUUAACAACAAUGGACGGUGUCAUUUCUUCCCUAAGGGAGGAACCUGUGUAAAGGUUAAAAGGUUGAAUAAAAAAAAGAAGAAAAAAAUCGAAAAUCAAAUCACAGAGCAUGGGAUCGGCAUGAAUUCCUCUUUCAAUAGUGCCUUGUCGGAUGACUCAGAACGAAACAAUAAAAAUAGUCAACAUAAGAACAGCGGUGCCAAAUAUAAAGAGGAUCGCCUGGCAAGAAAUUUAGAAAAAUUGUUCUUCCGGAAUGUCAGUUUGAUGCAGAACGUUGAAGAAAACGAACAAUUAUCCUACAAAAAUGUGAAUAAUGUGGAGUUGCCAAAUCCCAGAGUUACCAUCACCUUGACGCACACGCCCAAGGGACACGAAGGACUGACUUUGGUCUCCAUGGAGCAGAAGGCCAUCUGCUUCCCCAUUUGGGAGAACCUGGGAGAGAUAUACUUCCGGGGCACGCUUCGGGACAUCGACAUGUCCUACUUGAAUAUAAAAGUCGAGGAUAUGUCCGCGCCCAAGAGCAGCCGAGAAAUCGGGACUUGUCAAAUUCCGCUCAAAGGAGUCGUGGACUACCCGUACGUCGCACACCAGCUGGAGGCACCCCCCUGGCUUAUCGAAGAAGCCAAAUACGAGGGCUGGGAGGACAAACUGGAGGAGUGGAAAUUCGGCACGGUCGAUGGAAAAGUUAUAAUAGCGAGGGUGCCUCGAUACAGACAAAUGGGAGAUAUCUACCACAUGGAUUGUCGCUAUGCCUACCUCAUCGUCCACAUAUUUAACAUAGACCAAAUAGUAACAGUCGAGAACGUAAAAGAAUUGGAUACAUACGUGGAAGUCUCCUUUGAUGAAACCAGCAGGAGAACACGAUUCGUAAAGAAAACCCUGUCACCAAACUAUGACAGCCAAAUAUCCAUCCCACUACGGUUCAAUCAUAAGAGUCAAGUGAACUAUCAAAAUUUUAGCAAAAAGGGACGUAUCUAUAUUGACGUUUGGGGGAAAGCAGACGACAUUGUGUACGUGGGAGGCGUAUCCAUAACUCCAUACGAAAUAUUCUUCAACGAAAAAAAUGUGAAAAGAAAAAAGAGCAGAUUGGAACACAUCGAUUUGGAGACUAAUGUGAAGACGCCAUACGACACAGUGGUUUACAGAGGAUGCAAAAAAUUGCUCUUCCUCCACGAUGACCAAAGAAUCUCAAACAUACAUUUUAGCAUAUGGACGUAUCCAGAUAUGUUAAGUAACGAUGAACAUGACCAUGUCGUAGCUCCACCUGUGUUUAAUACGACCAAAAAUUUCCCCUCCAGGUUGGCAGAAAAAUACGAGAAACUCAAAGCACUAUAUUUUCAGGUACUUAAAACGAUUAGAGGAAUACCAGAAGGAUGUACCGACAUAUAUAAGACGAAACGAUUUUUUAAUUACGAACUGUUAAAUCAGAGGAAGGAGAGUCAUUUUCUGCCAACCCUAAUUACAAGUGUUAAAUCUCCCUACGGGGCAGAGUCGACAAAUGCUAUCUUUCACUACGUUCGAUGUAUACCCUUUAUCCAUAAAAAGGACAAUAUCGCUUUUACACCAGAUUUUACACUUCAGCUAAAAGGGGGUAAUGCCCUAGACCAUAGCCUACUACUGUGUAGUCUCUUCUUAGGCAUCCCAGUCAUAUCCUUUGUCUGCUUUGGAACACUGUGGGAUAAUCAAAAGCAUGCAUGGGUAUGCACCUUGGAAUAUAGUGAGGAGAAAAAUUAUGGAAUGAUCAAAUUUUGGGAAACAACCACAGGAAAUGUAUACACCUUAAAAAAAAGAUUUAGUGAUAUGAACAAGUUAAAAAGUCUGGAAAUAAAAUUGAGUGAGUCCAAGUAUAAGUCUCACUUACGGAAUGGCUUUCUGCAAAAAAAUGGAAUGACCUCAAAUGAUGUUGACAAAAUAAAGGAAGAGACAAAGAGGCAAAUUAAGGAACUCUUUAACAACAGAGUAACUGAUAUUCCGGUGGGCGGACCAUCCGUUCCAUACAAAACGAUUGAUCUCAUUUUUAACAAUAAAAAUAUUUUCCUCAAUCUUCAAGAUCCGAACCCUUUAAAUAUCUGGUAUGACUACUGGAAGGUAGACUUAUGGUUUCCCUUCUCUUCCAUUGAUUACAAGAUCCAGCCGUGUUUCACCAUAAAGAAUUAUUCUCACAAGAUAGAAGACAUGGAAUUGGAUAGGCUAGCAAAAGAACUUAGGGGUAACAUUGAAAAAAAUAUCAAUAUUUAUAGAGCUUCUCGGAACUUGUCCACUAGAUGGAACCGAGAUGAGACUUUAGAACUAUUUUUGCAAGUCGGGUUGGAGUUACUGCACCAGCUGAACACGUCGCGGAAAGAAGACGCACUGCUAGCCAAACUGAAGAUUGAAGACUGGAAAAAAGCCCUCUACUAUAAAGUCCCACAGAGCCAUAGACUACUCGGAUUUCCCUACCAUUUUAACACGUGCAAAUCCAAGUUCAUUUCGGAUAAACUCAUUAGCACACUUGCUAUUUUAGAAUCCAGGGAUAGAUCCCUGUGUCUUUCGCUAGCUGUCUGCUUGUAUAGCCUCCCCGGAGACUUUAUUUCGGCUUACAUUUACAUCAUUACCUGCGUGAAGAUAACGCAGAGGGAGCUGCGCAAGAUGGAGAUCAUCAAGGAGAAGGCACAAAGAAAAGCAGAAAUGAAGAACGCCAGAAGAAAACAGAAAGGAACCCUGGUAGAUGCUGACGCGCUAGCAGAAAUAAACCUUGAGGAGACACUAAAGGAGGAUGCUCAGGCCGAUGACGUAAAUCUGGACAUGAUGAAGACUCACUCCAAUGACGAAACGGCGCGGAUAGAAUCCACAAAGAACACAGAGAGAGCUUCGAAAAAGAAGAAGCUAAAGAAGUCGGUUGAUUUGAUCAAUCUCUUGCUUGCGGUGAAGAAAGGAGAUCGAAAAAAUGGAGGAGGGGAAAAUGAACAAGAGGACGCACCCAUGGGGAAGUCACAGGAAAGUUUAACGCACGUGAAGGAAGGUGAUUCCACCAAAAAUGGAACCAGAGAAAAUGAGCUUGAGACAGAUGCGUAUCCGCCACGAGAAAAGGAAAGAAAGGAUGACCACAUGACCGAAGAGGCACCCGAGCGAGACGGCUCAGUGGUUACCCUCAAGGGGAGCAUCACAGCUGCUGACUUGACUGAUUGGAGGACGGGCAAAAGGGUAGAGACAAAGGAGUUGAAAAGGAAGAAAAAAGAAAAGAGGAGGGAUAAGGAGGGCAAAUCGGAGCGGAAAAAAGAUCGAGAAAAAGAGAGAAGAUCGGAGAAGGAAAAAAACCAACUAGAAUUCGAAAAGCUAAUAAAAUCGAACAACUAUUUUGAGAAGGAAAAGAAAAAACUGCAAGAGGACAUAGAAAAGCUGGAGAGAGAAAAGGAGGAAUUCAAGAAACAGAAAAUGCUAAGAGAGAAGAAAGAGAAACAGAUGCUGCUGGAAGAGAAAAUGAAGCUCGAAAAGGAAAAGGAACUCUUCGAGAAUGAGAAAUUAGAACGGAAGAUGUCCUACAUGCUGAAAAUUAAUGAGUGGGAGAAGGAGAAGGAGCGGAAGAGGAAAGACGAGCAGAGGAAGGGGAAAGAGGAGGAACAGAAGAGGAAAGAGGAAGAGCGGAAGAGGAAAAAGAAGAAAAAAAAAAAAAAGGAAGAACUCCGCAGGAAAAGAUCAGAGGGGAUGAGCAGUCCUGAAGGGGACGAAGAGGCAUAUCGGGAAGAAAAAAAGGAGAUGGAGAGAGAGCGGGAGAUGGAAAAAGAGCGAGGGAGAGAGAAAGAGAGACAGCGGGCGCGGGAGAAGGAGAAACAGCAGGAGCGCCAGAUGGAGAGACAAAUGGACAGAGGGAUAAGUAGAGAAAUUGGCAGGAAAACGGGGAACGACGUAGAGGCACAGCCCGCCAUGCGGGAAAAGUACUCAGACACAAAUGACCUUAGCGAGAUAAGCAUCUUUGACGAGGAAUUGGACCUUAACCAGAUGUAUUCGAAGACGUCAAAUCUGUACGACUUAAACGAGAAGAAGAAGAAAAAAACAAUAAGAGUGUAUACAAAUAAGAAGGAAAUUAGCUCCACGUCCAACCUCUCGAAAGAUAUCGAUGAGGUGAAGAACAAAGUGGAUGAGAACCCCAACAUCGCCAGGUACCUAUACGGGAAGACCAAAAACAAGGAUGCCGGGAAGAGAAAUUAUAAUUACGACGAGCCUCACUAUGGGAAAAAUAUGAACGAAAUGACAUACACAGAAAUGAAGAGGAGUGAUUUAUUUAAAGGCUUUGCUGAUGCUUCAUCUGGCAAGGCUAAGAAAAAAGUUGUGCUCGUGAAAAGGAGAGGAUAA